AAUUUAUAGAACCUGACUCAAAUUUCCCAACUUUCAAUGAGACACUAGGUAUGUAUGUUUAGCUUUAAGUGCAUAUUUGAUAAGAAGUCGUCAUGGCACUCUUGAUUGUUUAAUUCAUCCUUUCUGUUAUGAUAUCACAAUAAUUGUCAAUAAAUCGUCUUUAUCUCAUCUCAGCUCCUUCCAUAACGACGAUUGAGCCUUUAUCUGUCCGUUUCGAAGAAAAACAAGAACAAGAACCUGUCCGUAGUAAAUUGCCAAUAACAAGCAAAAACGAUUCACUAGAAUGUAGAAUUGAAGAUUUGGAUGGAAGUGAGGAUGAAGAUGAGGAGGAUGAGAAUAUGGAUAUUAUAAUUACACCAUGGAGGAAUGAGUCACAUUUUGACAAAUUUGAAUUGUGGUUGGUUAGCCCUGAUGGUAAGCGAAAAAAUAAACGUGCUGCGAAACAACAUUCCAGACAAGUGCAACUGAUUUGAAAGGACACCAGCCAAGAUUCAUACGAAUUAUCCGUUCUUUUUGACCGCAUGAAGAUCAGGAAUCAAUGGUUACUGAAAUUUGAAAAACGGAGAAAAGCUGGAACUAUAAAAAGUUAUCUCCAUUCUCUAUGUCAUUUUUACAAGUAUAUUUUGUGUGACACACCUGUGCUUUUCAAAGAUUUCGUUAAGGACUGUCCAAGCAUGAUAGUUAUCAUGGAAAACUGGAUUGUGGAGUAUAGAAAGAAGGCCAAAAGUGAGAAAUGGAUGAAAGAUUUGGAGCAGUUAGAUCAGCUCAUAACAGCUGAAGAGGUCAACACCUUCGAUAAUUCAACACACGUAUCCAAUUGUCGCAGGAAUAUCAAGGAAGUGUUGACCACUGGUAAAGUUCCAACAUUCAAGCAAUUUACCUCUGUUCGAGAUUAUAUCUUAACUUAUCUCUGCUUGGAUAACGCGUCAAGGACCGGUGCUUUGGCUAACAUGACAACCAAAGAGUUCAUGACGGGGAAAAUGGAAAAUGGAGUAUAUAUUGUAAGUGUUUUUAACCACAAAACAAUAGCGACGUCGGGACCAGCGACAAUUUGCUUCACUGCAAAUCUAUAUAAAGAAUCAUCGAUUUUCUUUCAACAUUUCUGAAAUAGGCUAGAAGGCCUAGACGACGAAAAAGGUUCUGCCAACAACCCGUUUUUUACCAGCUGGAGCGGAAAUAAAAUGUCUUCUUCAAUGGCCACAGGCCAGUUGAACUCAUUUUGGAAUAAAGCAGUGGGAAGGAGUUUGCUGCGACCACGUCUUAAUGCAACACUAGUCCGCAAGACGUGUGUCACUAAAACUCAUUCUUUGAGGGCAGAGUUGGAGCAACAGUUGGCAAAUUUAAUGUGCCACUCCAAGGCAACAGCCAGACGGUCGUACUUUCUGCAAGAAAAGUCAAAAAAUGCCGCAGAAACAAGUAGGGAGCUGAGAUCUGUCCUACGCCAAACUGGGAAUAACGUUGAUGUGUCUCUAGAGGAUGCCAUUAAAGUGCAUUUUGCAAAGGAGAUAAGUGAUGGUAAAAUCAUUCUGACUGUCGUGAAAGAAAAGUCAACAUUACAUCCGAGCUUUUUUAAUCUUACCUCACUACAGCUACGAGAUAAAAUUCGUUAUUUUAUCAUGUCGAAGACGAA